AAAAACAAUAAAAGGUGUUGUGGUUGUGUUUCGAGGUUUCCUGCACACGAGGGCUGCAACGUUUGGAGUGGUGGCGGUGGGCGGCAGAAUCGGAGCAGCUUUGGCCGAUGAAACCGCGCGCCUCCCGCGGGGGUUGAGUUCAAAACAAGUGGCGCGCACGCUGACCAGUGUCACCAUGUGGCUCUCCACAACCGCGUUCAUCCUCUCCGCAGUCUCUCUGGCUGCCUCGGAGGUCAAGCUGGCCACAGUCUACUGGAAUGCCCAGGAGGGUGACGUGACGCUGAGGGCGGGGGUGCUGGACCGGUCCCAGGGGGAUGCGUACGCGCUCUACAACGACACGCUGCCCCAAACAGGCUGGGACGUGCUCGAGGUGCGCGCCGGAUACGGACCCCAAAAGAGAGGCGACAGGGAGACCCUCUACAUGGCCGGCUUCCUCGAGGGCUACCUCACUGCUAAUCGCAUAUAUCCUCAUUACCGGAACCUCGCCCCGUUCUUCAUCACCGACAACCGUAUCGGUCAAGAGCUGAAUACAUUCUUCAACGAGCAGGACGAUUGGGUUGUCGGGCAGAUAAAAGCGAACCGCGGGGACCCGGUGUGGAGGCACGUGGAUGCCCUGCACGGGCAGAUGCAGGGACUGCAGAGAGGGGUGCAUAAGUGGGCUCUCGAGAACAACGUCAAGCCUCUGCCCAAAUUCGCUUUCCACUACCUGAACGGCAUUGGUGACAUCAUCGAUCUCGUCAACAAGCUGUCACCUCAGCAGGCGCGAGGGUUUGGCGCCAUGACGUCCGGCGACAUCCGGAGGUACACGCUCAGGAACGGCCACUGCUCCGCUAUCAUCAAGGUGACGCCGGGUUUUGAGAACGUCCUCUUCGGGCACUCGAGCUGGUUCACGUACUCAGCCACGUCGCGGAUAUUCAAGCACUGGGACUUCAACCUGCGAGAAGUCGCUGCGGCCGCGCCCAAAUCAUCGUUCAGCAGCUACCCCGGCUUCCUGUCAUCGCUCGACGACUAUUACCUGCUGAGCAGCGGCUUGGUGAUGCUCCAGACAACGAUCGUCAACUACAACCAAAACCUCUUCAAUGACAUCACGCCCCAGGCCCUGCUGUCGUGGCAGAGAGUGCGCACGGCCAACGUGCUUGCUCGCGACGGCAAACAGUGGGGCGAAAUCUUAGCCAAGCACAACUCGGGAACCUACAACAACCAGUACAUGAUAUUGAAUCUGAACAAAAUUGAGCUGGGCGUAGGCAUUCAUGAUGGUGCCCUGUACGUGGUGGAGCAGAUGCCGACGCUGGUUCACUCCGCUGACCAAACCGACAUCCUGCGGAACGGGUACUGGGCUUCCUACAACAUCCCGUUCUACAGGUCCAUAUACGAGCUGGGCGGAUACCAGAGGCUGAAUGACUAUAUGGGGAACGAAUACUCCCAUCAGCUGUCAUCGCGCGCCAAGAUUUUCCGUCGGGAUCAGAGCAAGAUCAGGAACGUGGAGUCUCUAAAGGCAGUGCUGCGGUACAACGGGUACAAGACAGAUCGCUACACGUCCGGGAACCCCUGCAACACCAUCUGCUGCCGCGAUGACCUGCAGCCAAACACAGGGAGCCCCGUGGGCUGCUAUGACACCAAGGUGGCGGACAUGAGGAUGGCAAAGAAGUUCAUGACGUCUGCGGUCAAUGGGCCAACGGUGGAAGGAAAACUGCCCGCGUUUUCGUGGUCGCCUUUCGACAACAUCAAACACGAGGGCCUUCCGAACACGUACAAGUUCCCGUUCGUGACGAUGCAGCCUACCCUGUUCACCAUUCCGUAAUCGCGGUGUCCAUCGGGGCUGUGUUUUUUAUUCCUUUGGCGCUCACAGGCAUGAACACAGUGGUGGAUUUGGCAUGACAUUUGCAGGGCGGGAACGUGCUCCAGUAUCAGAUGUCUCGUGCUUCAUGGCUUUCCAAGCUUAGAUGACUCACGCUUCACUGCUUUUUAGGUAUCCAAUGACUCAUGCUUUACGGUUUUUACAGCUCCAGAUGUGACACAUGCCUAAUGGAGCUUGCUGCUGUUGUUGUUGCACCACUUGCGUACGUGCGUCAGUGACGGUUGGGAAAAAGAAACCCGAGAUGGAAUGUUACCAGAGAUGGAUCCUUCACCCCCCCCGCCCCAGAACAACAAAUCAGAGCCAUUGCGCUGUCACUGUCCGAUUUUAUUCGAAAAGGUGAGCCCAUUGCAGUGACAGUGGAGACCAAAACUUUUGGCAGCACUUGCGUUUAAAGCAUUUGUAUUUCUUUACUAAUGGCUGUGCUGGAAUUCGCUUCAUGUAGGUAAUUAUUAUUUGUGCUCCACGUGUUUGCGGAGCACAAAUAAGAUGAGCACGUUUGGCUACGUACGUUUUUUUGGGUUAGAUUGCAUAAAUAUAAAUGUGUAGUUUAACCCGCCCACCACCUGACACAGCCAAAUAGU